AAGUCAGUCUAUACACGUUGAUGUAGUGCUUUCUGGCGAGAAUACGUAGGAAACUUAGGCAUAAUUUCGAAAGUUGUCUUAGCUUAUCACUGGGUUCAGGAACAUAAGGUUAGGUUAGGUUCUGAUCAUCAGACCUGAGGUCAGAUCCAAAUAGGGAAAUCUUUUUCAGUUUGGUGUGCUGCAAAAACUAAAAUUGAGAGACUGAACGAGUUCUGCUUCUGAUUUUAUUUUCGGACGAGCAUAAUGUGAUAUAGACAACUUUGAUUUUUAACAUCAGUAUGAUAGUAACUGUAACUGUAUAUUAAAACGUUAAUGUUUGUAUUUGUUUAAUGUUUCUUCCCGUUACUUAAUCACACUAGUCACAUAGUAUAUGUCAUUGGCGAAGCUUGAGCCAACGAUUAAUGCCUUCAGCGAGAUGGCAAUUUAAUAAGCAAAAAGGUGUCUUGAAGUUCAUUUUUGUUGAAAAUUGGAGUUGUGAAGUUAAUCUAAAGUAGAGAGUUAAUAACCUUAAAAUCAGUACUACUUACUAUCACUAAUACACAGAGCAGGAGACGAAAAAAAUGUUAUUCACCAUAAUCAUUCAUUGAUUAUAAUUAUCUUUUUUGGGUCAGCGUAUUCUUCUCUACUGGGCUCGUCAACUUAAAUUAUCCCUUCAUCUACUGUAAAGCUCAAAAAAUAUUUCCGGUGUUAGUAACAAGUAUUAAAAAUGCUACACUCCGAGUUAUCUUAAAAACAAAGCUUUCUAUUACAUUUUAUAACCUCUGCAAUCUUUGUCGAACUAAUGGAAAGUGGAAAACCUCUGAAAAACGGUCGGCCUCCAUGUCAGCCAUCAAGAAAUGUUUCCGAAUGCUUUGCGUCGACUGUCGUCGCGUUUAGCAACGGCCAGUGUUAAUGAUCGAACUUUUAAAACACGGUUUUUGAUGGCCGGGCAUGCGAAACUUGUACCAAAGGAAAGCAAAGCUCUGCCGAAAUCGCAUGAACUCAAAAAAGAAAACAUAGCCGCCAAAAAAAAAAACAGUGAACCUUCUUUGAAGGAUCAACAAGACAAAAAGGUGUGGUCAAAAAAAAAACGAGAAACAUUGUUCGGAAUACAUCCGGUUGAAAUAUGUUUAUCCGAACGCAAGCGGACUAUUUACAAGGUAUUCUGCUCAAAAAUAAGAGAAGAUACUGUGUCCAACGAGAGCUUACAACGCAUUUUAAAUAUCGCAAGUGCGCGUAAAAUACCUAUUAAAUCAGUGGAGACUCGUCAACUGAAUUUAAUGACGAAUAAAGCUACUCAUCAAGGCAUCGGUAUGCAGGUGUCUCCGCUUAUACUAAGGCCGUGGAACGACGCCAUGGAGUGUUUCGGCCAAAGCGACGACAAUGGCCAACUGUGUAUCUACGUGGAUCGCGUUCAGGACCCGAUGAAUAUGGGCGCUAUCUUACGGACUGCUGUCUUUCUUGGCAUUGAUGGCAUUUUCGUUCCUACAGAGAAUUCAUGCAGAUUAAGCCCUGUUGUUGCCAAGGCGUCUGCGGGAGCUUUGGAGUGCGCUCCGCUAUAUUCGGUAGAAAACCCAGCAUCAUUGUUUACGUUUCUUCAGCGAUUGGGCUGGGACAUCGUUGGAUCUGAUCAGGACUGUGAGCCUUAUACCGCGCACAAAGUAACUCAACGAAAUCGACUCCUUGUUCUGGGUAACGAGAGCCAUGGUGUACACGAGGACCUGGUCUCCUUCUUUACCACCACCGUAUCCAUACCAAGUAUCAACAAGAGAAUCAGCUCAUUAAACGUGUCUGUUACGAGCGGCGUGUUGCUGACGCACUUUGCCAAGAGCAAGCUGUUCGCUCAAGAGGAUAAGUAGUCUAGUAGUCUUAGAGAGAAGUCAAUUUAGAAUAGUAUAGCGGAAUCAAAAUCAAAUUGUCUUUCGGACAAUGUUUUGUUGUUGCUAUUUCAUUCUAAUGUAUAUAGAAGUAGAUGUUCAGAGUAAGAAAGCUUUUAAGAAAGAAAUAAAUAACAAAAUAGAAAACACACUGUGGUUUUCACGUAUACAGUUUACUUGUCUAU